AUGGCUGAUUUCACUAUCCAAGAUGAGAAGCUGACAGCCCUCAAUGGCAAGAUCGUCAUCAUUACAGGAGGUUCCUCCGGUAUUGGCCUGGCCACCGUGGGGAUGCUUUUAUCUCUAGGGGCUUCGGUAGUCAGUGGCGAUGUUCAGCCUCCCCAGGUCGAACACAAGGGAUCUUUCACUUUCGUCAAGACCGAUGUUAGUGUCUGGGCGGAUCUUUUGGCCCUAUUCAAAAAAGCCAAGGAGGUCCACGGCCGCAUUGAUCACGUCUUUGCGAAUGCCGGUAUUGGACCUCGCACAGAUUACCUCUCCACAGAAGUUGAUGAGAAUGGCGACUUGAAGGAGCCUUCUCACCUUCUUAUGGAUAUCAGCUUGAAGGGAGUCAUCAACACAUGCACCCUUGCUAUCAGCUACCUGCGACAGCAGCCUGAGGGCGGCAGCAUUGUUAUCAGCGGCUCUACAACCGGCCUGCAGCGUGUCCGCGCUGUCGACUACUCCACUGCCAAGCACGGUGUUCUCGGCUUCGGAAGAGGUCUUAUUCCUCUCCUCGGCGCUGCCCAACUGCCCAUCCGCGUCAACACUCUGGCUCCUUCGUGGACAGACAGCAGUGUUCUGCCCUCGUUGAAAGCUCUGCUUGCCGCCAUCAACGUCGAGCUCCAGCCUGCCUCUGAUGUAGCUCGCUGUGCUGCUUUCCUUAUGGCUGAUACAUCCAAAAAUGGACAGCUUGUGCAUAUUGAGCGUGGCAAGUAUGCUGAGAUUGACGAGGCUGUUUUGCUUCCUGCUUUUGGAAAGAUCAAGAGCGAUGAUUACCCUUGGGAGGAUGAUGUGUUGAAGCGUUUGUCUGAGCUUGCAUAG